CACUCCUGAGUACCAGGCUACCAUUAUAUCUGAAAGAGCAUUUGAAAAAUGUAGCAUUACAAAACCCGGUCGAUGAGAACAAAGCAAAUUUAUUCAAAUUUCCUGCUUAAAUGAAGACAAUGAGUGGAAAAGAGAGAGAUCAGAAUGCUUUUGUGAAUACAAUCAAGAAGAGAUGUGGGCCCAUUCCAUGUCGUUGAUACAGAUUUUCGUACUAGAGUUCUCCGCAUCCCUCUGACUCCUGAACUUGAUUUCAGUCAAGUGCAUUUAGCAUUCCUUUCCCAGGCUUUUCUGUGAAGCGGUGUCUGAGGCUCAGGCCCCCUCGUUUAAAGUCUAGUUGGCAUCAGUACAUCAGGAUAGUUUAAAAUCAUCUCAGAGUCUUGACCUCAAGAACACCCGCCCUCUGGGAGAGAGCUGUACCUGCACCAGGAGGAUGGGCAAUCACACCGCCGUGAGCACCUUCCUUCUGUGGGGCUUUUCCAGUUUCCCAGGCCUGCAGACUCUCCUCUUUGUGACGAUUCUCUUCUCCCACGCUACCAUCCUUGCUGCAAAUGCGUCUGUAAUGGUGGCCAUCAAGUGCACGCACAACCUUCACACCCCCCUGUACUUUCUGCUCGGUGGUCUGUCCUUUUCAGAAACCUGCACCACUAUGGCAAUUAUCCCCCGACUGCUGGUGGAUCUCCUGUCAGAAAGCAAGACCCUUUCUCUCUCAGAGUGUGCCACACAGAUGCUUUUCUUCUUUGGCUUGGGAGCCAACAACUGCUUCAUCAUGUCUGCCAUGUCCUAUGACCGUUACACUGCCAUCCGCAACCCGCUGCACUAUGCCACCCUGAUGACCCCAAAGGUCUGCUUCCAGCUGAUGACGGCCUCUUGGGUGGCUGGGUUCCUGGUUUCUCUGUGCAUUGUCGUCAUCAUAUUCAACCUGUCUUUCUGUGACUCCAACGUCAUCCAGCACUUCUUUUGUGACAUCUCACCUGUGAUGUGCCUUGCUUGUGACUAUACUCUCUACCAUGAAAUGGCUAUAUUUGUGUUCUCCGCCUUUGUGUUGGGGGGCAGCUUUAUCCUAAUUAUGAUUUCCUACGUCUUCAUUGGGUCCGUAGUUAUGAAGGUGCCUUCUGCCACGGGGAGGUGUAAGGCCUUCUCCACCUGCUCCUCCCACCUGACCGUGGUGUGCAUACACUAUGCAUUUGCUGGCUUUGUCUAUCUGAGGCCCAAGGACAGGGACUCCCCCCGUGAAGAUAUGCUGAUGGCUGUGGCAUACACAAUACUGACACCUCUGCUUAAUCCCAUUGUUUACAGUCUAAGAAACAAAGAAAUGCAGGUAGCCCUAAGGAAGGUACUAGAUAAGAAAGUUCACCCCUCAGAUGGUUAAUGAAAGAAUCCUGAGCCCUUAAAAACUACAGAUUGCUGGAAAAUAAAAGUGAGAAAGCAGAAUACUUCCAAUGAAAUAAUCACUUUGUGUACCAAGCAAUUAAAAUGUAAUCUAUUUACCUGAUUAUGCCCUGGCAUCACCAUUUUUCCAGGGCAAACAGGAUACAGUUUUAAAUAUUUUUCAGUUAACACUUAUCCUUCUGAAACUAUUCCAAGAAGUGGCAGAGAAAGGAACACCACCAUGUUCAUUCUAUCAGGCGACCAUCUCCCUGAUACCAAACCAAAGAUGUCAUCAAAAACUAUAGCCCAAUACUGCUGGCAAGCAGAGACACAAAACUCCUUAACAAAAUAUUAACAAAUAGAAUUCAACUGUGCAUUCAAAAGAUUGUACACAUACACCAUGAUCAAGUGGAAUUUAUCCCAGGGAUGCAAGGAUUCUCAAUAUCCACCCAUCAAUCCGUGCAACACACUCUAUUAACA